CUCUCAACUGGUUGGCUCAAAAAAAUAAAGGAAAAACAUUGGAUGAUUUGAAUAUUGAAAGGAUUGUACCAUUUCCAGUCCCAAUUGUAAAACGAAAAUAUAUAUGGGUAGUGGAUGUAUGGCUAGAUCUAUUACCUAUUUUUGAGAGAGCUCCUUUCAUUGCUCAAUUUAUAUUAAGUUGCAUUGUAAUGUUUGGACUUUACUUUGUUGUCAACGGAAUUGGUUUUUGGUUUACCGACUUACGAAAUCAAUCCGCGUACUAUAAACAAGUACAUCUUGAUUAUUCAGAAAAGACCAUGUGUGAAAAAAUAGAAAGUUUUCCUUUUCGGGAAAGAAAUAAAGAAGUAUGCAUGGAAUAUGUGAAGCAUUUCGAAGGAGCAAUAAUCACAGGUGCAUGUUUUGUCGUUGGAUACAUUAUAACGGGUGUACUACUACUUUAUUACAAACGUAAAAAAAUAUUUACCUCCGCAUUACUUAUAUCAUUCUUAAGUGGUCUAUCUCUAAGUAUUGGAAAGGGUCCUUGGAUAGAAUUAUUGUGUCCCAUAUUUUUUUUAGGAAUACCAAAUAUUCUAGUCAACUUUGUUAACAGUUCUGUUAUGGAUCACUUUCCAACUUUUUUAAGAAAUAAAGCCGUAAGCAUAGUAUUGAUGUUUGGGCGAUUUGGAACUGUUGCUGGUGCUCAAGUUGGUAUCUAUAUUCAGUACAAAUGGUGUUUACUUGCAUUCACUCUUUUUCCAGGAGUUAUACUAGCUUCUGCCACUCUCUCUCUCUUUCUUAUGUUAUAAAUGCAUUGAAGGAAUACGUUCGUUCACACAAGAAAUGGACCGAUCGGUUGCAAAAAGAAAUAAUAAAAUAAUUUAAAUAUAAAUUUUUAUAACACAAUCUAUAAAGUUAUAAAUAU